AUGGCUGGACAACAGGUUGCAUUGUCAGCUCUCCUGCUGCUCGCUGUCUGGGCCAUCUUCUCUCCACUAUACGAUUUCCUGCGCGACCCUAAGAAGCUCCGUCGCUUCCCUGGUAUUUCCAUCGCCCCCUCAUUCCGCCGUACUCGCACGCUGGCCGUCCACAAGGCGCAUCUACAACAUGGCAAAGCCGUGCGCGUCGGCCCAACACAUGUGUCAUUUGCAACCGUCGAGGCAAUCCGCGACAUCUACGGUCACGGCACCAUGGCCAUGAAGGAUAACUUCUACGGCGCUUUUGUCUCAACACAUCUAAACGUCUCCGAUGCCCAGACCAAGAGCGUCCACAACGUAAAACGUAAGAGAUUCGCCGUGGCCUUUGCGCAGAAGAGCAUCGUUGAGCUCGAGUCUAUUGUCCACGAUCAUCUCGUUCGACUGAUUCGCAUUCUCGACAACAAGAAGGGCCAGGAAGUAGAUAUGAAACAGAUGAUGCUUUAUCUGAUGUACAAUGUCAUCAGCGUCACCAUGUUCAACCAGGACCCCCAGUUUCUGGAACGGGAUAGUACCGUCGUGACCGCAGAGACGAUAUCGGGAGAAAAAUAUGAGGCAGACCUGCAUAGGACCCUUUGUGGUUCGCUCCACAUGUCGGUCAGUGUCGGCUGGGCGCCAAAAUGCAUUCCGUGGAUCAAGUUCUUAACGAGAUGGCACGAUGAAUGGAAGGACAGUGAUCGUAUACGUGAUAUCACCAUCCACUUUGUUCGAAAUCGGCUGCGCCAGGAUACAGACCGGGUUCGUGCAGGCCAGGAGCCGCUGGACGAUUUCAUGACCACGCUGCUCUGGGAUAAAAACAAUAAUCCUCUGUGUCUUGAAUUCGGGGAGUUGGUCACGGAAGCCCAGAAUUUGUUCAACGCUGCCGGCGAGAACACAGAGAUCGCCUUGACAAACAUUCUCUGGCUGCUCAUGCGAACUCCCCGGGUAGUCGAGAAACUCCGCCGCGAGCUAAAUGACGCCUUGCCGGGUGGAUUGAACGCCACGGGGAUUCCUUCAUACGAGCAAAUCAAAGAUCUCCCCUAUCUGCGUGCGUGCAUCGACGAGGGCUUGCGUCUUCGGCCGUCUUUGCCGGGUGGGUUGCCACGAAUAGUACCCAAAGGAGGCAUGCAGGUGUCCGGGGAAUGGUUCGACGAAGGCACAACGAUUUCCGUGUCGACACACACAGUUCAUCGCGAUCCGGUCAUUUUCCAUGAGGAUCCAGAGGAGUAUGUGCCAGAGCGCUGGCUCCAGCCAGGCGGGAGUACGUUGCAACGGGCAUUUCUGGCGUUUUCACAAGGGGGAAGAGGCUGUCUGGGGCGGAAUAUCGCCUACUUUGAAAUGCAAUUGGUGGUUGCCGCAUUGUUUCUGCGGUAUGAUUUCUCCUUGAGAUCGAAGGAUUGGGAACUGGGUGUCAACGAGACAUUCAGCGCCCAUACCGCUCCGCUACCUGCGACUGUUGUUGGGAGAUACGCUUCAAAACGGUGA